CGGUGUGGCUACCGACGCGCGGUAUACCUGUGGUAAUUAUAUCGGUGUCACAUGACUAAACAAGUUUGUACAAGUCAGAAAGUCAGAGUUUGUAAUGGCCGACAGCUUGAAAACCGCUAGAAAGCUACAUUGUAGAAGGAGCUGCCAGGUUCCGGAAGUUAAUAAGUGUGUUAUUCAAGCAUCGGAAUAAAUCGUUGUGUUUAUAAUCGGUUGUCGUCGUGGUUUAUGAGCCCCAUCGCCUCGCGGGCCUGCGCGAGGAGGUGACAGUUUUCAAGCUAUAGAGUCAAGUUGUCAAGCUAGUCUGAGGAUUUGGAGCUAGUUCGACGAGAAGGAAGUAUUUACGGUGAUACAGAAGGAUUUGUGGCGUGAUUGUGGCCAUAACAAGAGUGAAUAUUGGAUUUUAUUGUGUGAACGUUUCGGUUACGAGUGGAGCGAAUACGGAUUUCGCAAUGUCAGCUCGGUCUUGUCCUGCAGGUUUAGGAGCUCGAUCGAGGAGGUAUAAUACUCGAAGAAAUCGAGGAGAAGACAUGGAAGAGAGGAUUGUCAGUUUAAAGCGUUCGAGGUCGGGUUGCCUCGGCAGUUUGAGAAGGUUUCGAAAGGAAAUCGAAGAAUUGAUGUACAAGGGAAACAGGAAUGAAGUUAGCCGCAAACUUCAGUCUUACCACAACACGUGGGUGAAAUUCGUGCGUGUUCACUCCGAUCUUAUGGACUUAAUGGAUGAAGGGGAAGAGAAAAUGGAGGCCCAAAGAGUUUAUGACAUGGAACUCACGCUGAAACUCGAACUUUACUCUGCUGUUGACGAACAGGAUAUUGAGAGUGGAUCUCAGGUUUCUGAGAGACACACGAAGUCAAGGGUGAGUGAUAGAGAAAGCAGAUCACAUGUUUCUAGUAGACAUAGUUCAAGAUAUUCAAGAUCAAGUGUUAAGAGUGUUGCUGCCUUAGAGGAGAGAGCAGCAUUGAGUAAAUUAGAUCUGGGACAUUUACGGAAAAAACAGCAGCUCAAUAGAAAAUUUGAUGAGUUAAAAUAUGCUCAUGAACUUUUGGAAGCUGAAGUAAAAUGUGAAAAGGCUCAAACAAGCUACAUGAUUUUUUAAGAAGGAAAGGGAAGACUUGAAUGUGGAUCAGAGUAAUAAGUCUGCUGUGUCAGAGGAUGUAUGUGAUGUUUUCAAGGCUCAAUCU